GUCACACUUUGUUCCGAAAAUUUUCCGGGGAAUAGUUUGCUUCGUGUCUCUCCGUUGCCGCUGCCUCUUGGUGCUCCGUUCCGCGACGACGUGUGACUAAACAAAGAAGAUGAACAAAUUACUGGCACUGCUACUUCUCGCUGCGUGUGUCGCAGCUGGACCUGCGAUUUCCGAGCAGCCGGCUCAGAAUCUGGAUUGUUUGGAGCACGACAAUGAGCUCUUCAACUGCAUUUUCGUCAAGACGGUCAGCGCUCUCGAUAGGGCGGCUCGAUCGAGCGACAUCGAGAUCGUCGACGGUGUGACUUUCGUACGAGACAUACCGAUGGAGCGCACUGGCAAGAGUUUAGAAAAGUCUGAAUUGGAAAUCAUGAAUGAACUACCACGCGAUAGCUCUGAUAAGACAAUAAAACUUCUCAGCAUGCUGUAUGAUUCAACUGUCUCCUUUCUGAAGAGUCAUAGUUUGAAACUUAGCAUGCCCGAGGGAUCCAUUUCUCGCGCUCUGGUUGAAGGACGUGGCAAGAUCAAGAAAAUGGUGUUGCCGUUGGUUGCUGCUGCGGGUCUCAAGAUCUUCGCGUUGCUGCCGAUCUUGUUCGGUGGUUUAGGUUUGCUGGCUUUGAAAGCUUUGUUCUUCGGUAAAAUUGCCUUGUUGGUCGCCGGCAUCAUAGCAUUCCAGAAGCUCUUCGGUGGUAGCAACGUGGCAGGCGGUUUCUUUGGCAAGAACCCAGCACCUCUCUAUUAUGACACAGGCGCCCCAGGAAACUGGCCCGCUGGUAGUUCCGCAGGAUUGCAGCACCAAGGAUACAGGAGUUUCGACGUUGCUAACGCGAAGGUCGACGCCCACAAUUUGGCAUAUUCUGCUCACGCACCUGUUACCAACGACACAGAUUAAACGAGACUUUUGACUCAAGAGAGUUCCAUGUUACCUGGCAUGGAGAGACUUGAAAAUAUUUGGAAAUUAUCGAAAGCCAUAUCCCGCGGGGCCGAAACAUCUCCUCGAAGCCAUUCGACCCACCUACGACUGCUAGAUUAGUAUUUAUAUGUAUGUCGUAAUAUAAUUUAUCAAUUAUAUAAAUUAUU